UGGAUGCGUCUGUUGAACAGCUGAAGAGGAGGAGGAGGAGGAGGGGGUUUACAGAGACGGAGGGAGCGAUAGGGAGAGCGUGGAGUGUGUGUGCAUAGGAAAGCGAGAGAAGAAGAGGGGAGAGAGAGAGAGAGAGAGAGUGUGUGUGUGGUGUAUAUGCGAGAGAGAGUGUGUGUGUGUGUGUGUGGAAAAAGGAAGCGGAGCCUGUUAACGGCGAACUCACUGGUUUCCUACCCCUCGAAACAAGCGCCGUGUUACUUUUCAUGUGGACACUAUCAUCGACAGCAACACGGCCGAGGAGAAGGAGAACCGGAGCGGUUUUCGAGGGGUGGGGGGACGAGUUAAGGUCGUAGUGCCUCUGAUCGCUUAUUUCGGACAGUCUAUCAGUAAAGUGAAACCGUCUUUUGUUGAAGCAAGUGCUCGCCUGAGAGAGGGAGAGAGCCCCUCCGUGCGGGCAGCGUUUUUCUUUUUUUUCUGUUCUUUUUUUUUCUUAGAUCAGUAGGGGGGGAUAUUUAAAAAAAUUGGUCCCGGUUCUUUGGAUUUGCUCCAGCUGGCUUUUAUUUUUAAAGUUCGGUGGGUCAUCUCGGGCAGGGGAUCGCGCUUUUCAACUUGUUUGCAGCAGUCUGUGGGACUCCCAAGAAUCACCAGACUGGCGGCUUUUCUGAAACACUGGGGUUGUUGGUGUGGCCAAAUUUUCCCUGGAUUUGACUGGUAAAUUCAGAAGACUGAAGCCCAGGCUCACAGUCUACCUUUCACGGAGGCCCAGCCGUGAGAGGACUGAGGAAGGCACGUGGCGGAUCAUGACGGCCGACAAAGAGAAGGAACGGGAGAAAGAGCGGGACAGGGACAGAGACAGGGACCGGGACAAAAGAGAGGCCGGUAAGUCCCGCCGGCAGGACGGUGACCGGGGAGACCGUGAAAGUGAGAGCUCCAGGCCCCGGCGCAGCUGUACGCUGGAGGGCGGAGCCAAGAACUAUGCAGAGAGCGAGCACAGCGAGGACGAGGACAACGACAAUGGCAGCACCGGCGGAGGCAGUGGGACCGCCGAGGAGGCUGGCAAGAAGGGCAAAAAGAAGAUGCCUAAGAAGAAGUCACGCUACGAGCGCACAGAGAACGGAGAAAUCACGUCUUUCAUUACAGAGGACGAUGUUGUUUACAGACCCGGAGAUUGUGUGUACAUUGAGAGUCGGCGGCCCAACACUCCCUACUUCAUUUGUAGCAUUCAGGAUUUCAAGCUGAGUAAACGGGACCAUCUGCUGAUGAAUGUGAAAUGGUACUACCGCCAGUCAGAGGUGCCCGACUCCGUCUACCAGCACCUGGUGCAGGAUCGCAACAAUGAGAACGACUCUGGCCGGGAGCUGGUCAUCACAGACCCGGUGGUCAGGAGUCGAGAACUCUUCAUCUCUGACUAUGUGGACACUUAUCAUGCUGCUGCUCUCAGGGGGAAAUGCAACAUUUCCCAUUUCUCCGACAUUUUUGCUGCCCGGGAGUUCAAAGCCCGCAUCGACUCCUUUUUCUAUAUCCUCGGAUACAACCCAGAGACCAGGCGACUAAACAGCACACAAGGGGAAAUCCGAGUGGGACCCAGUCAUCAAGCCAAGCUCCCAGAGCUGCAGCCUUUCCCCUCCCCUGGUGGCCAGGCCGUGACCGAGAAUGAGGAGCUGGUCUGGAUGCCAGGGGUCAAUGACUGUGACCUUCUCAUGUACCUCAGAGCCGCAAGGAGCAUGGCUGCCUUUGCAGGGAUGUGUGACGGAGGCUCAACAGAAGAUGGGUGUCUAGCAGCCUCUCGGGACGACACUACAUUAAACGCACUUAACACUCUUCACGAGAGCAGCUAUGAUGCAGGCAAGGCUCUGCAGCGCCUGGUGAAGAAGCCGGUACCCAAACUGAUAGAGAAGUGCUGGUCUGAGGAUGAAGUGAAGCGCUUCAUUAAAGGGUUGAGACAGUUCGGCAAAAACUUCUUCAGGAUCCGGAAAGAGCUGCUGCCCAACAAAGAAACGGGAGAGCUAAUUACCUUCUACUACUAUUGGAAGAAGACUCCCGAGGCGGCCAGUUGUCGAGCCCACCGCAGACACCGCCGCCAGCCCGUCUUCCGCCGCAUCAAAACACGAACAGCCUCGACGCCUGUCAACACUCCCUCUCGCCCUCCCUCAAGCGAGUUCUUGGACCUCAGCUCCGCCAGUGAAGAUGACUUUGACAGUGAAGACAGCGAACAGGAGCUAAAGGGCUACGCCUGCCGCCACUGUUUCACCACCACCUCCAAGGACUGGCACCACGGGGGCCGGGAGAACAUCUUGCUGUGCACCGACUGCCGCAUUCACUUCAAGAAGUACGGUGAGCUGCCCCCCAUCGAGAAGCCUGUGGACCCGCCGCCGUUUAUGUUCAAACCUGUCAAAGAGGAAGAAGAUGGACUCAGCGGGAAGCAUAGCAUGAGGACCCGACGGAACCGAGGCUCGAUGUCGACGCUACGUAGUGGUCGUAAGAAGCAGACAGCCAGUCCGGAUGGCCGAGCCUCGCCUACCAACGAGGAUUUGCGCUCCAGCGGACGUACUUCACCCAGCGCAGCCAGUACUGACAGCACUGACAGCAAGACAGACUCCAUGAAGAAGCCAAGCAAGAAGAUUAAAGAGGAGGCUCCUUCGCCUAUGAAGAGUGCCAAACGGCAACGAGAGAAGGGAGCCUCAGACACAGAGGAGCCUGAGAGGGCCAGCGCCAAAAAGUCCAAGACACAAGAGCUGAGUCGGCCAGACUCGCCUUCAGAAUGCGAGGGGGAGGGUGAGGGAGAGGGCGAGAGCUCUGAUGGUCGCAGCAUCAACGAGGAGCUCAGUAGUGAUCCUAAAGACAUUGACCAGGACAACCGCAGCUCCUCCCCGAGCAUCCCCAGCCCCCGAGACAACGAGAGCGACUCGGACUCGUCUGCCCAGCAGCAGCAGCUCCUGCAGAGCCAGCACCCUCCGGUCAUCCAGUGUCAACCGGGCACCUCAGCCGCCUCCUCGGCACCCCCUCCACCCACGACCUCAGCCCCCUCACUGCCCCCGCAGGGCUCCCCCGUGGCGGCCUCCACCUCUCUACCUCCCCAGCCUUUGCCCCAGGCGAGCCCGAUGUCUCUCAUCCAGUCAGGAGCAUCCCUCCACCCCCAAAGGCUUCCCUCUCCACAUUCACCUAUGACUCAGGCUCCGCCCCCUGGACCCUCAGUCCCACCUCAGUCAUUACCCAGCCCACAUCACGGGCCCAUGCCUCCCAUGCCUCACCCACUGCAGCCUGGCCCCUCACACAUGCCUCACCCUCACUCCAUGACCCCUCAGGGAUUCCCCGUGGGUCCGUCUCAGGUCCCGCCCCCACCAGUCUCUGGCCAAUCACAGCAGAGGGCUCACACGCCUCCUUCCCAGUCCCAGCCGUCUUCUCAGAGCGGAGGUCAGCCUCCCAGAGAGCAGCCGCUGCCCCCUGCACCGAUGUCCAUGCCUCACAUCAAGCCUCCCCCGACCACACCCAUCCCUCAGAUAUCCACCCCGCAGUCUCACAAACACCCGCCUCACGUGUCAGCACCUCCGUUCCCUCAGAUGCCUUCAAACCUGCCUCCGCCUCCUGCCCUCAAGCCCCUCAGUUCUUUAUCCAACCACCACCCUCCAUCAGCACACCCACCUCCCCUCCAGCUGAUGCCUCAGGGGCAGCAGCUCCAGCCUCCUCCGGCCCAGCCCCCAGUUCUCACCCAGUCCCAAACUCUCCCUCCUUCAGCCAGCCACCAGCCUCCUCCAGCUCCACCUCUUCCACCCUCAGCAGCAGCAUCACACCCCAGCGGGCCGCCUCAGCCGCCUUUCGCGUCACAUCCUUUCAACACAGUUCUACCUCCAGCCGGCCCUCCCCCAUCCUCAUCCAGCUCCAUGCCCGGCCUACCGCCUCCAUCUUCCUCCGCUCCAUCCUCUUCCAUCUCCAUGCCUCUCCCUGCCUCGGUCUCCUGUGCCGGUCCGGGCCCAGUGCUUCCGCCAGUGCACAUCAAGGAGGAGCCUCUGGACGAGUCGGAAGAACCGGAGAGUCCCCCACCCCCACAGAGAAGCCCCUCCCCAGAGCCUACUGUCGUCAAUACGCCCAGCCACGCCAGCCAGUCAGCACGGUUCUACAAGCACCUGGACCGGGGUUACAACUCGUGUGCUAGGACAGAUUUCUACUUCACUCCUUUGGCUUCAUCCAAACUGGCCAAGAAGCGAGAGGAAGCUCUGGAGAAAGCCAAGAGGGAAGCAGAACAGAAAGCAAGAGAGGAGAAGGAGCGAGAGAGGGAGAGGGAAAAAGAGCGAGAAAGAGAGCGGGAACGAGAAAAGGAAGCCGAGCGAGCUGCGAAAGCCUCCAGUUCCUCUCAUGAAGGCAGGAUGGGCGAGCCUCAGAUCGCCGGACCCGCCCACAUGCGUCCUCCCUUCGACGGCCCUCCGACUACGAUCGCAGCUGUGCCUCCGUACAUCGGCCCCGACACGCCCGCCCUCCGCACCCUCAGCGAGUACGCCCGGCCCCACGUCAUGUCGCCCACCAAUCGAAACCACCCCUUCUUCGUGUCGCUCAACCCCGCGGACCCGCUGCUGGCCUACCACAUGCCCAGCUUGUACAACGCCGACCCGGGCAUGCGGGAGCGGGAGCUGCGAGAGCGGGAGAUGCGGGAGAGGGAGAUCCGGGAGAGGGAGCUGAGGGAAAGGAUGAAACCUGGAUUCGAGGUCAAGCCCCCGGAGAUGGACACACUCCACCCUUCCACGAACCCCAUGGAGCACUUUGCCCGGCAUGGAGCCAUCACGUUGCCCCCCAUGGCCGGACCUCACCCCUUCGCCUCCUUUCAUCCGGGCCUGAACCCGUUAGAGCGCGAGCGGCUAGCCUUAGCUGGGCCCCAGCUGCGGCCAGAAAUGAGCUACCCAGAGAGGUUGGCUGCAGAGAGACUCCAUGCUGAGAGGAUGGCCACAGUCGCCAACGACCCCAUCGCCCGUCUACAGAUGUUCAACGUCACGCCGCACCACCACCAGCACUCACACAUCCACUCACACCUCCACCUCCACCAGCAAGACCCCCUACACCAAGGUGGUGGUGAAUGUCUUGUGUGUCCUCCAGGUUCCGGGGCCCAUCCACUGGCCGUAGAUCCCCUGGCAGCCGGACCCCACUUGGCCCGCUUCCCCUACCCGCCCGGCGCCAUCCCCAACCCGCUCCUGGGCCAGCCGCCGCACGAACACGAGAUGCUGCGUCACCCAGUCUUCGGUACUCCAUACCCUCGGGACCUACCAGGAGGUCUUCCACCGCCCAUGUCCGCAGCCCACCAGCUGCAGGCCAUGCACGCCCAGUCGGCUGAGCUCCAGCGGCUGGCGAUGGAGCAGCAGUGGCUCCACGGACACCAUCACAUGCACGGAGGACCGCUGCCCGGCCAGGAGGACUACUACAGCCGACUGAAGAAGGAAAGCGACAAGCAGCUGUAGCCAGCCGAGGGAGGCGGCGAGCGGCGGGUGCAGGACACGGGAAGUUGUUACCGAGCGACUCAGAGGCUCAAGGCUCCUCUCAACACACUCACUUUUGAAGAACAGAAAAAAAAAGGCCAAGUGGAUCGUCUGAGAAUUCUUCUGAUAUUUGUUUUUUUUUUUUUUUGUUCCUGUCAAGGACUGUUUUUUUUUUUUUUUAUUCUUAUUAUUUUUCAAGACAUUGACUUUCUUUGGUAUAUAGCCAGUAGUGACAACGUCCUCAAGACUCCUGCAUGACAAGCUUCCCUGACGUUUUUUGUAGGUGCUAGAACAAGACACUGUGCUUAUCAAGAAAAAAAAACAAGAAAGAAAGAAAAAAAAAAAGACAAGACCGGUCAGACCAUUUAUGGAAAAAUAACAAGUGCUAUCUUAAAUUCAACAUUUAUUUUAAUACAUUGUUGGAGGUUUUUCAUAAUUUUAAGAAAAGCUACCGCAUGGCGUUUUUGAGUCUGUAAAUAGUAUAUAUAAACAUAUAAUUAUUAUUAUAAUUAUUAUUAUUAUUACUAGGUGUGGACUCCAAAUCAAGUCGUUUCAACCUCCAAUAUAAUUGUUUUGAAAGCAUUAUCCCUUGUUUCAGAGGGGAGCACCAUGGCAUUAUAUGAGCAGUUUCUGAGAGUUGCGGUUCAGUUGUGACGUUCCUCUGACAUCACUGUGUUAGAUUUAGUCCCACAUGCACUAUGUGAACCAUAAACCCGUCACACCCACCACAUCCAUUCAUCACCGGUGACAUGCAGCAGGUUGUCAGAAUGUGCAAACUGAAUAAACGAUGUGAAAACGCUUGAAGAGACUGACGCAGUCGCCACCGACGCUCGGAGUGCACGCUGAGGCCAUGGAUUAAAAAGAAGAAGAAAAGCUUUGCACUGAAGGAGCAUCUUUGAGCUCUUCUCAACUGGCAAAAUUAGUAUUUAAGUCAGCAGAAUGGAGAAGUACUUCCUGAUUUUCUGUUGUUUUUACACAAAAUGAUUUUAAAUGUGAAUUUUAAAUAUUUGGACACAUUUUAAAACAGCUUUUAAAUAAUCAGGACCCAAAUUUUAACAUCAUAACAGGAGCCAAAAAGGACUUUGGGAUUGUUUUUAACGAAUGAGAGGUUUUGAGUCGGUGCUGGAUUUGUGCUGCCUUUUUCCUCACCUGGUCGGUGUUUGUAGCGGGGCUCAAAUCCGACCGAGUCAUCCUCCAGCUAGGCUGUAGUAUUGUUCACUGUGACACUAGACGGGGCCUGUGCACGCCAGAUCACCAGGAGGAAAUGGGUGGAUGAUUGUGUGUAUGUGUGUGUUGUACGUUUCGUCUGCCUUGGUUCCUUCGGGACACACUCGACCUCCUGGGCCUGUUUGUGUGCCACUGACUGUUACAUGUAGUGUUCACCUGUCGCACCAGUGCACAUGAGCCCUCUUUCUUUACGUUAUUUUGUUUUCGCUGUGGCCAUGACAUGAGUUCUGCAUCUGUUCCAUGCACUAAGACUGUUUGACUGUCAUGGACAUUCAGAAAACUGUGGCUAUGUCUGUUUUUGUUUUUUGUUUUUUUUUUACUUUAUUUUAACCAAUUGAAGAACUGUACUUGCUUUUUAAAAGUGACCAUAUCUGGAGCACUAUUAUUUACAUUGAAAUGCUUGCAAACGUUCACCAAACCGUUUUUAAAAACCUACAGGUCUUCGCAGCCCUGACAACAGCCUGUCACUCUGUCUCACCAUCUCCCACCUGUUCCUGUGUCUCUUCUGACUCUUCGUCAUCACCGUCAUCGUCAUCCUUUGCCUCAUUUCCUGACGAUUCCCUUGCCUUUUACUCCCUCUUUUUGUGUCUCCGAAACCUUUGAUGUUAAGUGUUGUCAAUGGUUUAGCUUCUUGUUUCAAAGCGGCAAUAGCAGAAUGUAAAUUCUGACUGCUAAGAUUUAUAUAUAUACUGGUAUCUUGAAGCUUAUUGUAUAUAUGAGUAGUCGCCAUGGGAUGACACAAUGUAAACAAAAAGUAGAAAUAAUAAGAAAAAUUGUGAGUCCUGUGUUCUCUCCAUUUGAGUAUUUUGUAAUUUUUUUGAAAAAUUUGUGGAAUUGAAAUAAACGACUAAGUUACACCACAAA